AUGUUCGUCAAUCGCUUCACACGCACAGCCACGAUCAUGUAUGCGACCAACGGAGUCGCCGAGAUCCUCGGCAUGCACCCCAGCCAACUCAUUUCUCAGAGUUUCUACUAUUGUAUACAAGAGGAAUGCCUCCGAGACGCAAUUCAGUGUCUUGAGGGCGCCAAGGCCAACGAUUCAAUCGCAUAUCUACGAUUCUGGUUCCGCAACCCCUUGCAAGACGAGCAGAAUGAACGGUCCAUCGAGCUGGAAGCGGUCGUUUCAUGUACCUCCGACGGACUCGUCGUCAUUCUGCGCCGCGCCCGUGCUCCAAUUCCGACUGCUACUCCUUCAGUUACCCCUGCGCCCUCUCAUAGCAGUGGUAUCUUUGCCGCGCCCUGGGCCCCCUCGCCGGUCUUCUCGUACGGAGCAACACCCCGUCUUCCAGCUCAAGCACCUGUUCCCGUGGCCAACCAGCCGGAAAUUCGGGGCACGUUCUGUCGAGAUGUUGUGGCAUCUGGCUCAGCGGGUCCUCACGCUGCUCACCCGGAAGUGAAAACGACUUUGUGUCGCGAAGGCAUGGAAUCCAGCUCUGGAAGCUCAUCGGAUUCUGUGUAUGGCUCUAACGGGACGUCUCGGGCACCUGGUGGACCGGGAGAGACUGGACCGCACUCUUAUCGCCUCAUGGACACCAUUCGCGAGGUUGCUGUCUUUGCAUGGGGAAUUGUGGGGAUCAAUCGUGGCCUGGAACAAUAUAAAUGCGGCACGCCUACUGGUAAUGCUCAUCCGGGAGAUGAGAUGGAAGUGGACGUGCAAGAUUAUAUAAAAAAGGAACCGGAAGACGCGUGA